UCGUCUGUCUCGGUUUCGACUUCCUUCCCUGUUGGCGGAAGUCUGGAAGCUAACUUGGUGUCUCUGUCGCUGCUGAACGCAAACACUUUCUUUCAAACCAACACUUUUUUUCCCCCCCUUCUCUAAAACGCUACGAAGUGCUCGUUUAGAGUUGGAUAAACGCUGCGUUCGCUCAGGGGACGACGUCGAGAGCCAAGCGGCGUACCAUCUUCCGCUGAGCUCGCUAACGCGUUUUCAAGCUAAACUUGUGCCAACCUACAGCGAAAGCCGCUUAACAAAAGUCGCGUUUUUUUACUCCCCGAACCCAAUUGAAGGUGACUUUUUGGGGGUCGCGAGCAGAGAGGAGAACCGUUCACGGACCCCCGCGUUGGCUCCAACCAUCCGGCUGGGAAGUUACGAAAUACAAAUACUUCUUUCCUCUGCUUAAGUACAUUUGCCAGAUGAUGUCCUUGGUGCAGCGAGUGUUCCUGUCAUGGAUCUUCAGCCUGAUCUUCCUCAUCAUGCUGGUCCUCAAGCUGGACGCCAAGGUGCACUGGAACUGGUUCCUCAUCUUCCUCCCCGUGUGGACGCUGGACGCUGUCCUGGUCCUGCUGCUGCUGGUCAAGCUGGCCGGCCGGUGCCAGGCGGAGCCGGAUACGCGGGAGGGCGAGCCGGGCCCGGCCCGCCGCCUGUGCUACCUGGCGGCCGUGGGGCUCAAGGUGGCUUUCUGCCUCAGCUUGUGCUCCCGCCUGGAGAGGCUGACCGACGUGUGGCUCAGCGUGGUGUGCGUGCCCCUCUGGGUCCUGCUGGGCGGCGCCCUGGUGGAGCUCGGACGCGGCGUCUUCGGCCUGCGCAGGCACUGAACGUUCUCCUCACGCAUUUUUCAUUACUAUUCUUACCAUGAAAGACUAAACGAUUAAAAUAAAAUAUUUUUAGGGGUUCCUCCGAGUUUUUGGGGGUCCAAAGCCACAACAGUUUCAACAAUUAGCAUGAAAAUUGGUAGACGUUGUCCAUCAUAAAAAGCCGCACAAAAACAAGGUCCUUGGGCUUUUUUCCCUGAUAAAGCAGCGUACAAGCUUCAAUUUUCUUUUUUGAAGCUUGAUACCAACUCACACUCAUUACUUUGUAUUGUCACAGUGUGUAGAAAUUCAUCGUUGUUCUUAACUAAUCCCACUGUGUGGUGAUUUGUUGCAGAAAAACUAAGCACUUUGUAGAAGACCACUAACAUUUGUGUCAGGAGGUUGCAGCAAUUUUUUUCGCCCAUAUUUAUUUAGCAAAGUCCAAUCAGAUUUCUACAAAGGAGUACACGCUGAGCAGGAAUUAUUAUUAUUAUUUUUUUUAAAUGCAAGAAUAAAGUUAUAAAUGACCAGAAUAAUCCAAAUGUUUUGCAAGAGAAAAGUAAUUUUGUUCAGAGAAUAAAGUUCUAAUAUUA